GACUUAAUCGUAUUUUUUAUUUAUACAAUUAUAUGUAUUAGGGAUUUUUUUUUGGUAACAAUGUAGAUAUCAUUAUCUCAUAUACAACCCAAAUAGUUUUCCAAAUUAAUCUCUACAGUGGCCAACAGAAAACUACAAACAUUUUCGUAUGGUAAAGUUUGAUCUUUGUCAUUAUUACCCCAUAUGGCGAAUGAUUUACACACUCGAACAAGCUAUGGACCCCACAUUUUCGGUUUUCUUUGGUCUAUUGUCUAUAUGCAUAUGUCAUUUUAUGGGUCAAAUUUCAAAUUACAACAGAAUAUGUUACAAUAAAAUCCAAAACUGAUUAUGUUACACAAAUUGAUCAAAUGAAUCAUCAUUUUAAACUACAAAUUGAAUAUAUAGUUUUUUUGACAACCUGAAUUUGUAGUUCAUUAGCUGAUUUUUAAUGUUAAACAUCAUUACUGGGUCCAAAACUGAUCAUCACUUUAAAUUUACAGCAAAUUUUAUUAAAAAUUAGAAUGUUAAUUAUUGCUUUUAUAUAUAAAAAUUACUCCAUCUAUUUCAUAUUUUUCAUAUUGUAAGCAGUUUUAGGAAAAUAUUUUUGUUUUCAAAUGUAGGUAGUUUUCACAUAUCUUGAUAACUUUACAUUUAUUGGAUAUUUAUUGGAUAUAGUGUGACCAAUCAAAUAAUGUCAUGUUUUUAUAAUUGGUUGAAUUUAUAAAUUAAAUGUUAAUUUUUAAAAAGUUACAAUUUUUAAAUAUUAUUGCUUUCAGCCUAAACUACCUACAUUAUAAAACACAGGGAGUAUUAUACAAUUCGCUUCCCAAACUUUCUAAAUUAUUUGGUUAGUCAUUAAUCAUUCUGAUAUACACAGAUUUUGCUUCAGAAUUUUUACUAAUCAAUUUAACUCCAGAUGUCUUUUACUGUAUUAUCAUAUGUCUUUUCAUAUAUUAUUCCUGAUAAUACAGAUGAUAUAUCAAAGGUAACACGUUGGUUAUAUCGUUGUGUCAACCACGUUGGAUUGGCAUUUUAGUAUGACCAUAAAUUAUACUACUAUAUAUCUAUCGCAUUUUUGACUAAAGCUGCAUAAAUGUAGUCUACAAUCUAGACGGGGACAAACCUAUGGUUCUCAUUCAAGCGAGAUGUAAAAAAGUGACUUAAGUUUGAAUGUAUAGACUAAGGGCCGAAUUAAAGUAAUUCAAUUUUAUUUAAAAAGAAUUUGCUGCCCAUAUAUUUGCAGCAACUUUGUAGAAGAAGAUUUGCCGAUCCAUUUAUAAACGGAUAAAAAAAUUAUAGACCCUAUAACAUUAGAGACAAGUAGAUUCAAAACUAAAAUAUUAAUUGAAAAUACAGAUAUUUUAAUGCUUGAAAUUAUUGUGGCAAAGGACAUAUUCACCCAAAAAGACAGGCAAAAAGAUUUGCCUAGACAUCAUUUUUCAUCUUUUCUUAUUCUGCAAAUUUAUAGGUCCAAGAAGAUUUUAGGGUAGAUGAACAGGAGUCCAUUGGUUACAUUGCAUCUAGAUCCAAAUCUUACAACAAAAAUAUAAUGAAAAUCACAGAGCAUUUACACAUUUAAUUUAAUUUGUCUUGUAAAGCGAGAUAAUGGUUUUAACGCUGAAAUAUCCAUAAUUACUUGUCUAAUGAGACCAUAUACUAAAAGUUACCAUUUGAAACAAGUUGAGUAAGAGUUAUAAUGGUUUUCGAAAGCUAGAAAUAUCCAUAAAACUUGCAACAAGUGAUAGCGUUUAGAACCAGGCAAAUUUACUGAAAAACUAUACGUGAUAUUGCAAAACUAAAUAUUAACAAAGGUAAACAUAAUAUAAUUCUCGUCAAUUUAACCAACUCCAUAGUGGAGGAGACACAUUCAAAAUAUCCGGAACAUAACCUAGCUAGGAUCUAUUAUCCCUAUACCGAAUUAUAUCCCGACAAAAAUGCAAAUAGAGAGAAAUUAGGCAACUAAACCGAAGCUUCGUGAAGAUUAGCCGUGGCACAAAAAUAUGAGGAAGAAACUCUAAUCUCACGUGCUAGUGAGACAAAAGAAGGAAACAUAUAGACAAGAUAUGUUCCGAGAAGAUCCAAAGCAUUCCUUGUGACACUGUUCCUAUCUCCUAUAUUCAUCUUCUUCUUCUUUUUUGUAAACACUUCAUCUUCUUCUUAUUUGAUCUUCUUCUUCUCGGGGGACCAAAGACACUUAAACAUACAUAAGGUCAUUUUUCCUUUGUUGAGAGAGAUAUACUAGAUUAUUUGCAUCUAAUCGUUCGGUAUCUGUCGUCGAUGUGUAGCGCUAGAUAUGUUCAUAUCGGAAAUAUAUGUAGGUUUUAUUUACGUAUGUUAUUAUUUUUAUUAUCUUUUCUCUAAUUAAGAAAAAAAUUCCCAAGAUUUUCAGUCUGCAGUAAAUAGUUUCACGUGAACUAAUAUAUCAAUCAAAUUAUAUUGUCGAACAUGUUAAGAUGGAACGCUAAAGACUUGAUUGGUAAAUCAAAUAUUAGUGACUAGUGGUUUUCUUUUACCCAAAUUAGUUUUAUAACAAGAAGUAGCUAAGGAUAUAAGCAAAAGGCCGAACAAAUGUCCAACGUAACUCCUCCUUAGUGCAAUGCUUAAUUAAGUUGCAUUCAUGUCCUAAUCAAAGUUGCACUAUGUACAUUAUUGCACGUAAACGUAUUUGUUGCAUUUGUGCCACCUUUCAAUCUUCUGUCAACAUGCACGCCUACUAAAUUUUAUAGUGCAUAUUAGUACGAUAUUAAAGAAGAAGAACCAAAUUAAUAUUGUCUCAUAAAAACAUUGUUUACUUGUAAAAAAAUAAACUAUGCAGAAAGUAGCAUCUACAACACUAGCCAUACGUCGUCCCAAUCAUUAAGUAAAUAACUUUUCAUACAGUAUAUAGUAAAAAAAAACUGUCCGGAGAUUUUCUUAAAUCGGAUCUUGAAAAUAAAACUGGUCUAUAAAUCGUAGCCUAUGAAUACUAUAGUCGUCAAGUAUACAUCUGAUAAAGUUUGGCCGACGUUGAACUCUAUACUACACGUCUAUAAUCACUUAAUUUAAACAUAUCUUUCGACAAAACAGGAAAAUCAAUUCGAGAAGGAACCAAAUGUAUGUGUUGUUAUAAUUAUGCCGAUAAAUCCCGACAAGAAAACAUUAGAACUAGCUACAUCAUCAUUCAUCACGUCAUUGUACUUGCUAACCUUAAAUUGAUGUAAGAUUAAUGUUGCCUAUUGGUCAAGUCACGUUUUAGUAACUUAGCUUUGGGCGAAAAAAGUUGAUUAAAUUGGAAUAAUAAGCCAACGAAAACCAUUAUCUUUAAUUCAUGCCUUCUGUCGGGCGAGAAUCAAUUCGUUAACUUGUCAUAACUCUCACAAAAUUACGUGAUAUAUAUAUGAAAAUGUGCGACCGUAUAUAUUUAUAAGUUUAUUAUAGUUGUGCAAAAAUACGUAGACCAAGAGAAUCGUUGUGGAUAAGAUAUUAAUUAGUUUUGGCACAUAUUCUCCCAUCCAAAAUUGCAUAAUUUUCGUCAUUUUCUCCGACUUUUUGCAAUCCGGGCAUCAUCUACACUCUUCAACGAAACAAAGACAAGGAUAUGACACCAAUAUUUUAAUGAAAAAAAAAAUGUAAGAGCUAGGGGCUGAAAAAUAAUUUAUCGUAAAAAUUGUAUGUAUAAUACACCAAUAUAUUAAUUAAAAUGAAAAAUAUUAGAAAUGAGAAAACAUAAACGUUUGUAGUAUAGUUGUAUUGUAUAUAUUUAUACUUUUGUGUAAUUGUAUGUAUACUUGCGUUUUAUUUUAUUAUCAUGACUAGAUAUACUUUAGUAUUUAUGUUUAAACUAAGGGAUUUUCAUAUACAUAUACACUUAAAUGUCUAUUAGCGAAUAUUUAUGUAUUAGUAAAAUACGAGGUGCGUCAAUUUUUUGUUGUAAAACUUUAAAAUGAUAUGAUAUAAAAACUUAUUAUAAUGAAAUUUAUUAUAUUUUCAUUAGUUUUUUACUUCUCAAAACUAUGAAACUUUGUGAAUUUAUUGGAGAUAUUUCAUUGAAAUUCUUAGUUUUGAGUAUCUCAUUAGAUAAUUUAAAAUAUUUCUUGAUAGAUAACUUGACAUUUGAGAUACCAUUUAAAUACAUUUAUAUGGGAUACUGAAAGUUGGUAACUUGUAGUUGUAGAUGAAUGUGCUUGUGUGAUAUAAUAUUGAAAAUAAUAAAAAUGAAGUAAAGUAGUAGACGUUUUCAAAUGAGAAAAUUUUAAAAUCAAAAUGUUAUAAUCCGCUUGCCUACCAUUAAAUUGUUUCAUUUCUUCUAAAAUAUUUAAAUUAAAUGAUUUAAUUAACUUUUGUCAAAAUGUUACUAGUAUUAUUUUGUUUGACAAAAUCAUCAAAUCUCUCAUACAGUUGGUGAGAGAUGCUCUUAUAUCAUAUGCUUAUUUAUUUGAUAUAAUUUAAUGACCAUUUUACCACCAAGCCUUCUAAAAACCAUUUACGGAAAGAGUUUAAUGGGCUUAAUAAAGAAACCAUAUGUGGCCCAUAAACUUUAAAUUCAAAUCAAUAUAAUUAAUUAUUAUUUCCCCAAAAACGCCAAGGGAGCGAGAGAAAGGUGAAGCGACGACGGCGAGAAAGAGGAGGAGAAAGAAUCCACGGAUACGCAAAUACGUAUAUUCCCCUCGCCGCGAAACCUAAGACAGACCAAAGAUGAUGGACCAAACGAACCAAGGCUCGAGCUCGUCUUUUGCAAACACGCGUAAAAGGGGUCGUCAUGAAGGCCAGGGUCAGCACCCACCUGUUGUUAAUGAGAAUCUGAUUGGUCAGGUUUUUUCUGGUGUUGUUGAAGGUUCUUUCGAGGCUGGUUACUUUCUCAACGUGAAGGUCCUUGACACUGAGAAGCAACUCAAAGGCAUCGUUUUCUUACCAAAUAAAGUAGCUCCCGUUACUCCAGCUACUGAUCUGUUUCCCCAAGCUAAGAUGUAUGUUAGAGAACGUAUCACAACUCCACCUGAGGUUAAGAAAAAUCAAUCUGCUAUGCUGCCUGAUAAUCAUCCAAUGAGUGUUGGUUCCGAGGCUGUUGAUGAGAGGAAUCAUCAUAUGGAUACAGAGAUGAAAGAUGUUGGUUUCACUGAAACUAAAGGCCAAACACUCUCUCUGAUGCCGCAGUUUGCUAGUGAUGAUGUACCUCAACAGGAUCACACUGUCCUGACAUCUGAAGCUUGUGAAGCAAGUAAGACAACAGUUACAGCCACUUCUUCUUUACCUGAAGAUUCUACCACUUUCGUUGAUUUCUUUCCAGCACCUGGGACAAAUCGAAAACAAGCCACGGGAUCCAGCUCGUCUUUCAGCCUUGAACUCUUUCAGAGUGAGACUAAUCAACUGGGAACUGAGGAUGAGAAAUCUCCUGCAGAUGCUGAGCCUCGUGGAGUGGAGGUGAAAUCAGCCUCUCCCGUUGAUGAUGAUGUGCCAGAGGAGCUUCAGCUAGAGCUUGGCAACAAGAAAAUGAAUGCUUCAGCCUUUGCAGCAACUGAAGCAAAUCCUGAGCAGCCUGCUUCAUCAAAGAGUGGUUUCUUGGUGGAUUUGUUUGAAAGUAGAGAAGAGACAGUGAAAGAACCAGAACAAUCUAAUGCAGCUUCAGAGAGUGGCUUCUUGGAGGCAGCAACACAAGUAGAUGAUGAUAAUGAUUCUUGAGAAGUGCUUUUGUUUUCCUUCUAUUGGUUAGAAACUUAGGGUAGUUAGCGAACUUAUCAGGCUCUUUCUUCUGUCUCUCAUUUAUGGCAUACUGUUUUUGCUCAUUUGCCAUCAAACAUGCUCUUUGCUAUGUCUUUUGCCUUGUUUUUUUUUUCCACGUUUUGUGAAACUUUGGUGGUUUCUUUCAACUUGGUGUUUUCGGUUUCCUCAAAAUGACAACUUGUCGCAA